GGGAGUGAGAGUGAGAGAGAGAGGGAGAAUGAGAGAGGUGGGAGAGCUCGAUGGGCAAACACUGUGUCAUGAUGAGCUAGAGCGUGUUGUUUCUUUGGCAACUUUGUGCAGCACACUGGGAAUAUUCUAAAAGUUUGGGCUACAAUCUGCAGCAGUUUGAAUAAUUCUUCCAUCCUCCCUGAAGUUUCUGAGCGUCACAUCCAAGAUUCAUUUUACUCCCUUCUUCACCACAUAACCUUUGAAAUUCCCUUGGAUUUCCCUCCGAGCUCUCCCUCUGACUCCCUCUUGCUCAACGCGUUACCCUUCUCUCCAACAUUCACACACGUCCCCUUAUCCCGGCCCCAUCUUCCUCUCUCCUCUCCCCUGUUUCUCCUCUACCUGUCCAAGAACAGUCUGGUGUUUCCCCCCCCGCACGAGUCCUUCUCCCCCACAGGUCAGUCCUCUCACUCUCUCUGUUCCCCUAAUGGGCACCAUAUCAGGUACCUUGACCACAUUCCCUUCACUGUCACUGAAAUCCUCCAUCCACCCCUAACCACCCUCGCCAAAACAACCUCAGCAUUCCAAUGGAGACAAAAGAAACGAUGAUGAUGAACACGUUUUCAGAGGACAAGGCAGAGAAAGAAGGAGACAAGGUCAAAGAGGGAGAGCAGUUUGGGGAGGAAGAGGUGGAGACACAGCAGGAAAAUGGAAAGCUGAUGCUGGCCGAUGGUCUGGCAGAGAAGGGACCCAAGAGCCUGACCUCAAACUCUGGACAGCAGGUUUCCAAUGGUUUCACUGCAUCUACUCCACCAGGGACUGGGGAUUGCCCUGGGGGUCCAACCUCUGGUCCUGUUGCUGGAAGUGGAUCCCCUCUGCCUUUGGGGACCUUCAGGACUCUGGUGGUCCAGCAGACCAGCUUGGAGAGGCCCAGAGAAACCUGGAGCAAGAAGAUGGACUUCCUGCUGUCCGUAAUCGGCUACGCCGUGGACCUGGGGAACGUCUGGCGCUUUCCGUACAUCUGCUACCAGAACGGAGGAGGUGCUUUUCUGCUGCCCUACCUGUUGAUGGCAGUGUUCGGAGGAGUUCCACUCUUCUACAUGGAGCUGGCUCUGGGUCAGUUCCAUCGGAGCGGCUGCAUUUCCAUCUGGAAGUACAUUUGCCCAAUCUUCAAAGGAAUCGGCUUCGCCAUCUGCAUCAUCGCCCUCUACAUCGCCUUCUACUACAACACCAUCAUGGCCUGGGCCCUGUAUUACCUGCUCUCAUCCUUCCGGUCCACUCUGCCCUGGUCCACCUGUACCAACAAGUGGAACACUGCCAACUGUAACCGCUACAUGUCCACAGAUUCCAACGUGACGUGGUCCAACUCCUCCACCUCGCCGGCCGAGGAGUUCUAUAUACGGCAGGUGUUGCAGGUCCACCUCUCUCCAGGUCUGCACCAGCUUGGCUCUGUUAGCUGGCAGCUAGCCCUCUGCCUGCUCUUCAUCUUCACCAUCGUCUACUUCAGCAUCUGGAAGGGAGUCAAGAUGUCCGGAAAGGUGGUCUGGGUGACUGCUACCUUCCCCUACCUGGUCCUGUUUGUCUUACUAAUCCGUGGGGCCACACUGCCCGGAGCCUGGAGGGGAGUGGUCUUCUACCUCAAACCUGACUGGGAGAAACUACUAAGUACUACAGUGUGGAUCGAUGCUGCCGCUCAGAUCUUCUUCUCUCUGGGUCCAGGCUUUGGGGUCCUCCUGGCUUUUGCCAGCUACAACCCAUUUCAUAACAACUGCUACAAAGAUGCCUUGGUCACCAGCUCCGUCAACUGUCUGACCAGCUUUCUGUCAGGCUUCGUCAUCUUCACAGUGCUGGGAUACAUGGCUGAGAUGAGGAAACAGGAAGUAGACACUGUGGCCAAGGAUGCUGGUCCAAGUCUGCUCUUCAUCAUUUAUGCAGAAGCGAUAGCCAACAUGCCUGCUGCCACUUUCUUCUCCAUCAUCUUCUUCCUCAUGAUCAUCAUGUUAGGACUUGACAGCACGUUCGCAGGGUUGGAGGGUGUGAUCACAGCUAUGUUGGACGAGUUCCCUCAUCUACUGGCCAAGAGACGAGAGUGGUUUGUCUUGGGCCUGGUGUGCGUUUGCUACCUCGGAGCUCUAUCCACACUCACAUACGGUGGAGCAUUUGUAGUGAAGCUGUUUGAAGAGUACGCGACAGGCCCAGCAGUCAUCACUGUGGUUCUGCUGGAAGUCAUCGCUGUUUCUUGGUUUUAUGGUACCAACCGUUUCUGCAAUGACAUACAGCUGAUGCUCGGUUUUUACCCAGGAGGCUUUUGGAGGGUGUGUUGGGUUGCCAUCUGCCCUUGCUUUCUGCUGUUCAUCAUCAUCAGUUUUUUAGCCUUCCCUCCUGAGGUAAAGUUGUUUCACUAUGAGUACUCACAGUGGACCACUGUUCUGGGCUACUGCAUCGGAGUUUCCUCGUUUAUCUGUGUACCUGCCUAUAUGGUUUACCACCUGCUCACUACCAAGGGAACAUUCAAACAGCGGCUGCUGAAGAGCAUCACUCCAGAGCCCAGCAGUGAAAACCACAGAGACUUCAUCAUCACCAACGCGGUCUGACCAAACUCUGUCUGAAAGAAGGAGCCGCUCCACUGACCCAGAGUGCCCUCCUCUGGGCAAACUGCACACCUACUGGACAAAGGGGCUACUUUUCACCAUCUCUGCCUCUUUUCAUAAAUCUACGUUAUUGGUUAAUUUUUUAUGUUAAGAUCUACAGGUGGAGGUGAUGGUGGAUCGUUUGGUUUCAAUCCCUUACUGUAGUGUCGAAACCUCAGAGCAGAACCACACUUUUAUUUAACUCACUGAAAACACAGGCAGUGACCAAACCGUCUUCAGGUGAAACUGCUGAGGCUGCGUUUUAAUCACAACAUUUUCUGUGUUUGUAUGAAGGAGAAGUACAGUUACAGUUAGCGCUCUCCGAAUUAAGCUCAUGAUAAUCAAUUAAAAAAAACACAUUAUCGGUUUUCCAUUUAAUCUCAAUCUUUAUCGUGUUGUCAACUCAUUCAAUAAAAAAACAAAAAACAAACAUGUAGCAAAAUAUUCAGGUAUAUUUUUUACACAUGUUUCUCAAGCCAAAAAUAUCUCACGUAUUCUGUCAAUAAUUCUGAAAAUGUUUUCAAAACUGUCAUAGUCUUUCUUUGGUUUUUACCUCUGAUUGGUUCAUUGCAUCUGUGGAGCUGUGAUGGAUUUGUGAUGACUUCAUCACACUGUGAAGCUGUCAGUGUGUGUGUGUGUGUGUGUGUGUGUGUGUGUGUGUUAGACUGUUAGUCUGUAGCAGAAUGAGUCACAGACAGAACACAAGACGUUUAUUCACUCUAUAACUGCAAUAUAAGAUAGUAUGUCUUAUAUACUAUACAUGUAUUUAUUUUAUUGACCUUUUGACCUUUUAAUCCCACUCACUACGACAUCAGUGUCACAAGGAAAAAAACCAAAUAUGGAUCAGAGCUAAUAACAUCUCACGACCAACUAAAAAAAAAAACAUCACUGCUUUUUUUUUCCGUUUUACCAAAAAACUGUGUUGUGUGUGUGUGUGUGUGUGUGUGUGUGUGUGUGUGCGUGCAUCUGUGGAAGCAGGAGUUAAAUAUGGCGAGUACUGUACAACUACAUGUGAUGUGUGUCUGGUAUUGAUGUUAUCUAUCCUGUGAAGACCUGUCUACUCCUGCCACUGAUGUGUGAGUGUGUGAUCACUUCCUGUGUGUGUGUGUGUGUAUGUUCAGAUGUGUGAGUGAAGUUUCUCUUGUGUGUGUGCGUGUGAGAGACGUGUGUGUGUGUCUGUAAUGUGAUGGAGCUCCUGUUGUCUUGUAAACAGUUUAUAAAUUGUAGUUAACCUCCUUGUCUCUCUGUCCCUCCCAUCUCUUAAGCUCAUAAAAAAUAUAUGUAUGUCAAUAAAGACUGUAUUGAGACACCUGUAUAGUAUAAAGAAAUGAAUAUAUAUGGAAAUAUUAUGGAAUAGAAAAGAUAUAUGGAAAUAAAAUU